CAUAAACUACUCACCAACUCUAAGGCGCCCAAAGAAGAGUGAGCUCCUCUUCUUCUCCCUCGUUCCCUUCUUCUUGCUCUACACGUGAUUCAAGAGAAUGAUAUAAAACCUUCGCUUCCACCCUCAUCUCCUUUCUCCUUCGUAACAACUUCUAAGAAAAAGAGAGCAGUUAUCUCUCUUCGCUAGCUCAUAGUACCACUACCAACAACAUCACUAUAUAGCUGUGUACAGCAAGAGAGAUAUGGAGGAAGGAAUCAUGGUGAGAGAGUAUGAUGAGGAGAGAGACCGGCUGAGAGCGGAGGCCAUGGAGCGGAUGUGCGAGGUGGGUCCCAGUGGAGAGAUGAGUCUCUUCACUGACCACUUCGGCGACCCCGUCUCCCGCGUCCGACGUUCUCCGGCCUUCCUCAUGCUGGUUGCUGAAACAAGUGGGCCGGUGAAAGAGAUCGUGGGUUUAAUUCGUGGCAGCGUGAAGAGCGUCACCUGCGGCAAGGCCAUCCCUCGUAACAUCGGUGCCGUCACCGCCGGGAAGCACGAGAACCCACUCCCUUCCCCUAUCUACACUAAAGUCGCCUACAUCCUCGGCCUCCGCGUCUCCCCUUUCUACCGGAGGAUGGGAAUUGGGUUGAGGUUGGUGAGGAGGCUGGAGGAGUGGUUUAAAGUGCAGGGGGCGGAGUACGCGUACAUGGCGACAGACAAGGACAACGAAGCGUCGAUCCGGCUGUUUACCGGGCGGUGCGGCUACUCCAAGUUCCGGACACCGGCGAUCCUGGUCAACCCGGUGUUCGCCCACCGCCUCCCCAUCCCCCGCCGCAUCCGCAUCCUCCGCCUCCCCGUCGCCGACGCCGAGUCCCUCUAUCGCUGCCACUUCUCCACCACCGAGUUCUUCCCCCGCGACAUCGACGCCAUCCUCUCCAACCCCCUCUCCCUCGGCACCUUCUUAGCAGUUCCGGUCGCGGCCACCUGCGGCGGAGGGGAGUGGAAGUGGCCGGGGACGGAAGGAUUCUUGGCUGCGCCGCUGGAGUCGUGGGCGGUAGUGAGCGUGUGGAACUGCGGUGGGGUGUUCCGUCUGGAGGUGCGGGGGGCGUCGAGGGUGCGGCGGGGGCUGGCGUGGGCGACGAGGGCGGCGGACAGGGCGCUGCCGUGGCUGCGGAUUCCGUCGGUGCCGGACAUAUUCCGGCCAUUCGGGGCGCUGUUCUUGUACGGGAUAGGUGGGGAGGGUCCGGAGGCGGCGGCGAUGGUGGCGGCGCUGUGCAGGCACUCGCACAACAUGGGGAAGGGAACGGCGGGGGUGGUGGCGGCGGAGGUGGCGGUGUGCGAGCCGCUCCGCCGGGGAAUACCGCACUGGCGGAGGCUGUCGUUCGCGGAAGACCUAUGGUGCGCGAAGAGGCUGGCGGAGGGCUACGGCGACGGCGGGGCGGUGGGGGAUUGGACGAAGUCGCCGCCGGGGAAGUCCAUCUUCGUGGACCCCCGGGAGCUGUGAUACCCCUCCAAGCUUUCCCUUUUUGGGACUUCGCUUUAGAAGGUUAGAUAGCGGUGGAGUUUUUUUUUUUUCUUUUGGUCCUUUUUUUGGUGAAAAAAGGGUGGAGGAAAGGAAAGGAGGGGGAUUAUGGCGCCAAGGGAGUUGACGUGUACGUGGAAGGGUUGUUCUGUUUUGGUUGCAUGUUUUGGUUGGAAAAGAUCUGUAACGGAUUUUGGAUAUGGGGGGAAUCCCGUGGAAGAUGUGGCGGAAACAAAGGUGGUGGCUUUUUGGUUCUUUCCGCUUUCCAGAGUUCCAUUUUUCUUUUUUUUGUUUUAUUUUUGUUAAAAGAAUAGAUGAAAGAUGGAACUCUUUGGAGAUGUAUAUCUGAUAUGAUAUGAUAUGAUAUUGUUGAUGGUUAGUUGAAAAAUGCCUU